AAGCAGUCAUCACAUGCAUCAACAUCUAAGGCUAAUGAUCCCAAUGUUUGCAGUGAUCAAGGCGCAGUGCAAUGUGCACAAAUGUGUGCUAGCGAGACUUCAGAAUCUGAGGGUGAGGCUGAGUCUGGAGGUGAACAAGAUGCAAUGCAAGAAUCAUCAGGCAUUAAAAGAUCGUUCACAGCUCACUCUUUGAUGAAAAGAGCAAGCCAAAUGGGAAAUACACAGUGCAACAAUGAGAAGUGGCAUUCAAGUCAGUCUGUUGCACCUAUUUCAGAUGAUGGCAUUAAGCAGGUCAUCAGGCUUCUACAAACGGUAAUCUUGAGAGUCGAGCACCUGGGAAGCCAACUAGACGUAAUAAAAGCAAAGCUUUGUGACCAACAACUGCAGCCUGAAGCAGAUUUGUUAGAAAAACCAUUUUGUGACAUCACGGAGUUCGAACUGUUUGAUCAAGGCCUCUCAGAAAGUGAUGCAAUGAAGUCAAAGUUGGUACGGGAACUCGCCGCCUUAGGAGGAAGAAAUGUUAGUUUCUCUACGCGUCGCAUUCUUGAACCCCUGAUGACCCAGGAAGUGGCUGUUCAAUAUAGUUGGCUCGGACAAAAAGGAAAGAAGAAGUUCUUGUCGUUGACAGCCUGCGACUUGAUAUAUAAAAGUGUUAAGUGCACAUUUGAAACUGUAAAAAGAAGUGAAGUUGAGGACGUUGUAAAAACAUGGCUCAGACACGCUGGGGAGAAGCUUAGAAAGAAUAACAAACAGUCUGAAAAAGUCACAGAGCUGCUGGAGUGACAACGCAGGCCUCACUGAAGUGCAGCAUGUUUCAAC